UUGUGGAAAUAUUUUUGGUGGAAUUUCAAAAGUGAGUGCGGGAUGACCUUCUCGGUGCCAGUUGGAGAGUUUUCAUGAACGCAUUGCCUCUAUUUCUUUAGACUUGGUAAACAACAUACCAAAAUUUUCGUUUUUUAUUGUUGGUCUUGAUACAUGUGGGAAGAUUCCUCUUUUGAACCUGUCAAGAUGGACGCGUUUGACGGGAACAGAACAGAGAAUACGUUUUUUCAAGUAAACUGCGACGGUCUUGAAGAAUUAGAGUACGAGAACUCCUUGAAUGUAUGUACUAGUCCGUGGAAAACGGAGAGUACUGAAGGAAUUCGUAACUUGACUUCUGAAAAGGAGUUUUCUAUAGGAAGAGACGAAUAUGAGUUUUCAAGACAAGCGUUUUGCGACUCCAGUCAACAGUCUGAUGCCUCUGUUUUUACUUUUGUUCCCUUACUUGAACAGAACGCAUUUCCUCCUAUCGAAGAGACUAGCAAGAACACAUGCUCUGAAUACUUGUCUAGUUCAGAGCAGAGACAUCCGAACAUCUCGCCAGCACCCAAUACCCAUAACAAUUGGAAUGCUUGGGUUCAAUGCAGUGGCUCAAAUGUCUGCGGUAGAGAGAUAGGGAGAGGGGGCAACGUUGCCGAAGAUUCCAAGUCCUUUGGCCUUCUACACGAGCGUGUAAGGGUUUUAGAAGAGGAAAAUCUAAAGUUGAAUUUGCAAGUCUCAAAAUACAAAGAAGAGAACUCGUUUCUCCGAGAAGCUCUUGAUCGUUUUCAUGCAUACAGGGGCUUUUGUGGUGCUGAGACUGUAGCAAGCGUAUGUUAUCCAGAAUCUGAGGAAGACUCGUCUUCGAAUGUACGGGAGAGGCGAAAGCGAAGGAGGAGAAUUGACGAUUCCGGUUGGUCUAAUAAGCAAAGCUGUAGAUCACGUAUCAGUGAUGAAGUUGAAAGAAGCGAAUCAAAUGAGAACGUUGACAGUGGUGAUGGAGGCUAUUUUCAACACAAACUUGACUCUCUUUACUUAAAACCUGAGCAGCCAACUAACAGUUCAGCGAGUCCCGUGGAGUUCGUUUCACUUGUGAGAGAUUUGACGGAACCUCUUAUGAAGACAGAUCCAGCCCGAGCUGCAACUCUUACUAUGUUUAUUUUUGCACUUGCCCUAGGUCUCUUCAGCUUUCAGUGUAAGUCUACAUUGAAUGCAACUGCCCAACGUUCCCAAAGUCUGGAGAGACUGCUUUGGAACAAUUUACAAGAUUGCAUGAAAAAUGGUGAUUACAAAGGAACUCUCUUCUCAGAUAUGAAGAAGGAGUUUGUCGGUGGUUCGUUAGACGCUGCUUCUGUUCAGGAUGCCGAAAGGGUAAUGAGAAGUUACCUGGAUGCGUCGGUAGGACAUAUUCUUGAGGAGACGUCACCUGCCAUGACCGAUCAACUUUUCUAUACUCGUGAAGAUAGCAGGUUAGAUGAAGUUACCGAUGUGUCAAGAGCUUAUGUUUCCACUUGGGAACGAGCUGUAGAUCUGGAAAAGUUUGGAGAAGAGGAGUUUGGUGGAAACUAACAUUAAUUUAAAUGUACAUAUUAAACUUCCGCAUAAUAAAGGAAGAAGCUCAAGUUGGGAUUACAAGUGUUUGUUU